UCCGACCCAGUCCAGGCCCAAGUGACGGAGGCAGCGGCGGCGGCGCUGUUGUGUUGUGGUGUGUGUGUGCCUGGCAAAUACUUGGCCAACAAUGUCCAACAAGUACCCAGUACAGGUUAGAAUGCGGGAGAUGUCCAAACAAGAAGAAGUUUUACUGAAAAGAAAACGAGAAAUUGAACGGAAGAUGAAAGAACAAUAUGGGGGAAGGAAGCCAGCAGAGACGGGCUCCCCAAGACAGCCCCCACCCAGCAGGAGCCAUGAGCCCAGCAGCAGCCCGGGUGUGGAGAAGGAAAUGGUGGAACCGCUCGCCAACAUCCGGGAACGUACGCUUGGACAUGGACUCUGCCAAAUAGCUGGCGAAAUGAUGAGUGUGCCUCCCGAACCUGGGAAUGUUGCUCCUCACAUCCACCACAUCUGUCCAUCAUUUCAUCACUACAAAACUAGUGAAGCUGCAUCAUCUCAGGUGCCUAACAAAUUCAACAAUGAUGGAAGUUUCUUGGAGCAGUUCAAAAAAAUGUCCAGAAGCAAAUCAGAUAUAAAAGAAGAAAAGUGUUCACCACCACAUAAAUCAAAGCCAUCAGGACAGAGCACUAACAAGUUAAAAACAUACCACCACAAUCUUCCAAAACAAAUAGAUCCUGCCCAUAUCAGCUCCUGGCAAAAAUCUACUUCAGAAGAAUGGAAAGUCAGUUCAAGCUAUGACUCUAGAGUUGAUGCCUCUGCUGCCUCUGAAGAAGUGAAACCUGAAACAGACAAUCCUGAUUGGUUCAAAGAUGCUCUAAAGAGAGCUCAGGCCAAAGCAAAAGAACUGUCAGAAGUUCCAUCAGUUUCUCUCUCAGCUUGUUCCAGUGAAGAGGAUUCGAGCAACAACCAAUUUUCCGACAAAGCCGAGAGCAAGAAACGUAAAAGCCGCUGGGGAGGUCAGCCUGCCCCUGCGGCUGCUCCAGCCGCAGCACCAACAACAGCAUCCACCCCAGCAUUCUCAGUGCCAGAGAACCUGAUGGAUAUGGUGGGUGAAGGAGAGCACUUUCAAGCCAUCCAUGGGGUCAUGGUGACCCGCUUGACAAGGAAUACUCCAGCAAUUAUUGCAUAUGCACAGAAGGUUUUCAGUUCUGUAGAUCUAACAGAUGCACAGUGGAAGCAGUGUGAAGAGCAAAUGAAGAUGAACGUGGUGUUCCAAUUGCUACAAGCAAAGAAGAGAGAGUCUGAACGCUUAGAGCAGCAAGGCAAACUUAAGUAUGAGUAUGACUCUGAUGAAGACACUGAAGGAGGCACAUGGGAACAUAAAAGGUUUGUUGUGUACUUGGAUUAUGUUCAAGCUCAUCUUAUUACACCUUUAACCCCUUCACUCUGGCGACGCCGACGUCGGUGUCCAACGGGCGUCCGACGGCGUCACCGUAUGGACAGGGUUAGUCCUCUUCUAAACCUCUUAAUCCUCUUCCAUUUCCUCUUAAUCCUCUUCUAAACCUCUUAAGAGGAAAUGGAAGAGGAUUAAGAGGAAUUUAGAGGAGGAUUGAGAGGUUUAGAAGAGGAUUAAUCCUCUUCCAUUUCCUCUUGACCCUUUCUGUGAUGCCGACUUC